AUGAGCGACUACACUCCCUCCAACAACGUCAACACUUCACCUACUCCCGGCGCGGGCAACAGGCCUCGGUCGAAGUCCGUGGGAAUGGAUACUCCCCUGGACCGCGCGGCGGCUUCCCGCUUCACUACCACCAUGAGCGACGACACACCUUCCAACGACGUCAACGCUUCGCCUACUCCCGGCGCGGGCAACAGGCCUCGGUCCAAGUCCGUGGGAAUGGAUACUCCCCUGGACCGCGCGGCAGCUUCUCGCUUCGCUGCGGAGUUUCCUGGCCCUCGCGGUGCCGUCACGUGGGAGGAGCAGACCAUGGCUACCAUCGCUACUUACAUGGAGAAACACAACGAAUUGUUUCUUAAAUUUGAAGCCAUGAGGCUUUCCUAUGACGAGACUUCACCGAUGAUGCGCGGCGCGAAAGCCCGCGAGAUGGUCGCGAUCGCCUGCGAGAUGGCCAGGAAAGCCCGCCAGAUCGCCGCGGUGGCUAGGCGUGCCGAGCUACACAGGUCGCUGCAGAAUGCGAACCAGUCCCAGCUGGACCCUUGGGCUUGGGAUGCUAAGUAUAAUGUUCUCGCCAGGAAUAUUUUCUGCGAGACGUGCUGUGAUCAUUCCGACGAGGACGGAAUCUGCAAAGACAAGUUCGGUGAUGAGUCCAACGAGAACGAAAUCUGCAAGUGA